AUUACUCUCUCUAGAAUUUUAGAGAAUGCUGGUAAAACAGACACGGGUCGGUAAUUUGUAAAUAUAUCCCGCUCACCAGAUUUGAAUAAAGGAAUAACUCAAGCAUUUUUUAAUUGUUUUGGUACAAUGCCAAAGUUGAAGGAGUUAAUUAUGUAUGUAACCGGUAAAAUAAUUGUAUCAAUAGAUUCUUUAAUUGCUGCGGAGCGACCGAAGGGAGCGAGCAGCAACAUAAUCAGGAUUUAAAGGAAAUAUAUAAGGGGCAACGAAUUCUCGAAUUCAUCACUUUUUACCACAAUGCAUUGCAUUUAACCACACUUUUUACCACAAUGCAUUGCAUUUAACCAGAGUGCAUUGCGCCACGAACAACUCAAAUAAAAACACGGGGAAGUUCGGUGGGUGAGAGAGUGCAUCGUUCGCUGCUCAGACUUAGAGUUUUCUUUGUGGCAAAUUUUCUACGGCACGGUUAGAGGUCUUACCAAAUUUUAAGACACGCAGGAGUCUUUCAGAUGAAGUACGAUGGUUAACUUGGGGAUUGGAUUUCAAUUCAAGAGCCUUUUUUGCUCUUCGACUCAGCAACACGGAGGAUAUUCAAAUUCCAGCUUGCUAGAAGGUGAUGUGAAAGUGAGAAAAUGUCAUGCAAUGCUAUUCUUAAGAAACUACAUGAGCCGAAAAUGGAUGUGAUUUUGGCCAUUCGCUUCAAAAUAACAGCGGGAAUCGAGAUAACAAAACAUAUGUUUUGUGUCCUACUUUGCAGACGAGGAUGUGUAUCGGCGUUUUGAAAAGCAUCAUUAUGUUCUUUCAUUCAUUUAUUACCAUGGAAUAUGCGUUUACAUUGUUUUUUUCACUGUUAAUAGCUCGGUUAAUGCGGCUGGCGAUCAUCUUGCCGGCGGAAGUUUCAUGGAAAAGGAAUAAAAUGAAAGACUUUUCCGAGAGACUACGUAAUCAGUCACUGUGGUGUAGUGGUUAAGUGUAGUCCCGUCGAGUCGAAGGUGCCGGGAUCGAAUCCUAUUGAGUUAUUCAUUUCUUCUUUCUUUUUUUCCCGUUUUUUGUGUUGUUGUUUUCUAUAAAUAUAUAGCUAAAUAACGGUUACUUAAUAAAGUGCAACAAACACCAAGAAAAGUAUUGUGUUUCCAGAGAAAAUAUCGUGCACCGUGUAUUAAAUAUAUGGAUAAACGAUCUGAAUUUCUAUUAUUUCCUACAAUUUACUGUGGGAAAACCAGAGUUGAUAACCACUUGAUCAUUUUCUAAACAACGUUCCCACGAGUUCUUUCUAUAGACUGAUAGUAAUUAUUCUAGUACUUUCCAACAUGUAAAUAGGACAUUCAAUGUCAUUUUUGAUUCUUUUAAGUCUCACUGCCUAACUAAUGCCAGUAUCAACAGAAUGUGCCGCAGCAUUACUAUCUUUUAGAUACCCUAGUUGAGUUAUUAUAGCGGAGCUCCUCGCGCGCGCGAAGCGCGCGCAGAGCGGAGCACCAUGGGUAAGAAAAUUUGGUAAACUAUCCAUCUGAGAAAAUUUGGUUAUGACGUAGCGUACGCCCGCCCGCCCACCCGUACACACGCUUCAUGUAAGCCGACGUCAAAUGUCACAAUAGAUCUUGCACAACUUGACUAGCCUCUUAGUUAUGUAAGCUAUCCGUAUGAGUACGAUUAGAUUGACAGCUGUCAAAAUUAGGCAUCCGCUGACAAUUAUCACAACUAUCUCGCGGGCUCAGGUGAAAGACCAGUCGUUUUGCCCCUACAUAUAAGCUGAUAUAAUAUGUCACACUUACCAAUUCAAGAUACACACACUCGUAGUCUGUUAAUUCGAAUAUUCGCCAUUUUUAAUUGACAGCUGUCAAACUAGAGUAUGCGCUGACCAUCAUCACCUGAGUGUAUCGCGGGCUCAUUUGUCUAUCUAUUGAGGUCACGUAGUGUUUAAAGUUUUGCGCUGAUAUUUUAUUUGAUCACGGGCUCAAUUCGAAGUCCCAUAGCUUAGAAAAUCGAUCCAUCUUAGAAAAUUCGGCAAUCACGUGACCGUACACCGACCACCCGACCUUCCGUCCGUCCGCACCACAGGUAUACCAAUGUUUAAUCUCACACUUUCUAGCUAGUUUGGGAGCCUGCAACCUGAUAUUGUACAUCCAUGUUUUGAUUAAUUGACAGCUGUCAAAAUAGUGUUUCUGCUGACCAGUAUCGCCUGACCCUAUCGCGGGCUCAGGUAUCGACCCACUGAGUUCGAGUGUUUUUUUAACGUAUCCGCUGACAGGUUGCUACUUUUCAAUUAUCGCAGGCUCAAGUUCAAUUUUUUUAAAAAGCAUAUGAAAUAAGUCGAGUUCAUGAGCCGCACUUUUAAAAUGUUGAUUUCGAACUGACCUCGGACGCGAAAAUUCAACCGGCUUUUACAUUUACAUGCGGGGAAGGCAAUCACUUUUGACUUUUCUCACUGUCACGCGUUGAUCACGCUCUACGUCCAAUUUUUAUGUUCUGAUUGGUCAAAAUUUGACAGGUGAGUUCAUGCGGAAAAUUUAUGCAGCGUCUGGAAACUUGCUUACUGAUAGCUGGAGCUUACAGAGUUUUGUGUCAUCUUGUGAUGUUUUAAACUGGCUUUUUCUACUUGGUGUACAAAACGAAAUACAGCUGCUAUCAAGAUUGUUCUGUAAUUCAUGGCUGGUUUGUUUAUUGCGCUUUUUGUUGACAAAUGCACCGCUUGUCAAAGUCAUUGGAAAUCCGAUUUCGGAUGGCAUCGUUUUCAAAAAUGAGCUUACUCACUUGCCCUUGCUUGAGGCGUAAGAGGGUUGAAAAUUCUGGAACACUUGAUGACCUUCAGAAGCAGCAUCUCGACUGGUAAGCCUGAGAAAUUGUUGUCUUUGAUGUGUUUUUUUUUUUGGUUUCCUGAAGUCGAGCGUAUGGUUUAUGCGGCUUAAGUUUAUACACGAGCAAUGAUCUAACCUACAAUAGUAUGAGGUUUAAAAAGCCUUUAGACAUUUUUUGACCGCAAAUUCAAAGAAAAUGUUCCGAAGAUUAUUUACUUAUGAUUUUGGCUGUAAACAGAAAGCUCUGAGCGAUUUUCUUGCCUCGAGUUCAUCUUGAAAAAGAGCAAACACCGGGAAGCCGGCUUAAAACAUAAAUAAGCUUAUGCUUACCUGACUCAUGAUUUUCAAAGACACUUUACUCUCAAUACUUCUCUUCGUGAAUGAAAAUUAUUGUCUCUGUACAUGUUUCACCGAAUUAUAUUUAUUUUAUUGAUUGUUAGUAGUCCCUCUCGCAAUUUUUAUCGCUGCACCGGUUGUAUCCAGUCGAACAUAAACAUCUCAUGCAGGAAUACUCAAAACGCCGCGCGUAAAUAUCACUCGCUUUUAAAGAUUACACAUAACAAAACCAUACGCAGUUUAAUAAAUAAAGGGAAAUAAAACCUAAACAUAACAAUUUAUCUAUCAUGUUGAAGCGUAAAUGGUAACUCUAUUAAUCGCACUGCAAAUUUGGUGCCUGUCAAAAGUGAGCCCCGUCCGGCUGGCCGAAAAGUGAUUUUGGGAAUUUUUUUAUCGUUUUCAUUAAAAGCCCAUAUUACCCUGCAUAUCACAUAGGACCAGAUUUUUCUAACUGAAAGUCCUGGCAUUAUAGAAUUCUCUUCAUGAAAACGUUUUAUAAUUCAAUGCCAUAAUUUGUUGUGCAAAGGAAGCGCGUGCUUUGAUCGUCGUGGAUAUUGAAUGAGUGCAAAUUCUCUUGCAAAAUUGUGAAAAACUGCAGAAUUAUAGGUUUAAAUAGGGCAAAAAAGAACAAAUUCUGUCCGAGGUCUGUAUGAUAAAAACAAGGGCCUCAUAGUACUGUUUACCUGAGACGUGAUGAGAAAAAGUAUGUUUAAAAGGCUGGUUUACACGCCACCAGAUUCGUCGCCAAGAUUUACUAGUAAACUAAACUUGUCGAACACAAAAAAUCCGGCCUGAUUUUUUAUUUUGGCCUCUCUUUUAGACAGAGGAAUGCAACGUGUAAAUUGGCUGCCACCAAGGACUAUCGUGGCGCGUGUGUUUCUUAAAAUUAUAUUUCGGGGUUGUCCAAUUAUCCAUAGUCUCUCAAACGGAGCAAUGUUGGAGAGAGUGGUGAAUGCCACAUUAUGAUGCAACAGCUAAUGCAAAUACAAUACACGAAUAGGUAGGUCUAUUUGUUUUCCAGGCCUAAUCUACUGUGAUCGAACAUGAUUGCUAUUUUUGGGUGUACAAAUAAGACUAUUUAAUAACUCGUUGUAAAAGCUGUUUCACUCUUAGACUGUCAAAUUAUUUUUCUCUAAAAUCACUUUGCCUCAAACGUCAAAUGAAUGUACCCUGAUCUGUGGAUUACAAGUUUAUUGUUUGAUUUAAAUUAUGAAUUUAUUAACGGGAGCUUCGCUUUUAGCCCUAGCUAAAUCUAUAUAUUAGAAAUGUUCUCAUAACCUACAGCAGUACCUGAACGGCAAGUAUUACAUAUUUCAAUAUUUUCUUGCUCAACUGCAGCAUCUAGAAAUAAUUAAUUGUCUAAUUUUGGAGUUAAAAAAGAAUUAUGCGACUUUUCUGAUACAGGAAUUUUGCUAGCUAAAUUGGGGCCAAUGUUAGCAAAAUAUUUGCAAAAGAAAUUAGCUAUUUCCUUUAUCCUUAUCACUAGUACUAUUAUUAUACAAAAUAAGUGAAAAUAUCUGUAAAUGGUCAGAUAUGUCACUAAGAAAACUGAGACCGCUUAUUGAGAGACGAAGUGGAUCGUUCACAAUGUAAUCUAUCAACGAAGCUUUGUUAGCCGUAAUUCUAGUGAGGUGGAACGUGUAAUUAGUGAAAACAAAUCUAAGAAAUCACUUAUCGCUUUAUGACAAUAGUGGUUAAUUAGAUAUAAAUUCCAGUCGCCCAUUAAAAAUACAAGCUUAUUUUCUUUGGAAAUUUUUCCCAUUACUAGAUCCAAGUCAGACAGAAAUUCAUUUAACUUCGAUUCGGGUGGUCGAUAAAUAAUGGCGACAAUAACAUUCGUGUAUAAAUUUAUAACUCCAUGAAAAUUUCGUGACUUCUUUCGUUAAUGGAUGGUCGUAACAAAGGUGGUCGACAGUUCUACCUGACUCGUACAAGACUAAUGCCAAUACCUAUUUCUUGAAUUGGAAGGAACGCACAGUAGUAAAUUCUCAUGAAGGUGCAUUGGAAUUCGUUAAAAUGUAUAAAGCAGGCGUUACAGCAAGUCAUUCGAAUUCAGAGCAUGCUUUGGAGCAAUUUAUAGUGCUUCUAAAACUGAAAAGCACGUUUUAAAGAAUAGCACGAUUAGCAAUCGCCUUAGUUUGUUUUAAGAAUAAGCAAACAUUAGAAUUACUUGUCCCGGAAAUUCGAACUGGUGGCUCGUUCUACCUUAGAGCUAUUCGGUUUCAAAAUUCAAAAAAAACUUCACAGCUGAAUUUCGUACCAAUGGCCGCAAAUUUUGAAAAUUUUGUUUAUGAAAAAUUUUCAUAAGUACUAUAAAUUUAUUGUAUGUUAUAUCUACAGUAUUUAUUUGUACUUUUGUAGUUGUAUUUAGUCUCGAAACCAGACUUGAAAAACACAGUAAUAAAACUAAUCAAUAAAGGAAUGAAAAAAUAACUUGGCAUUGUGCUCUAGGCUAGCUUAUGCGCGACCGACUACAGGUGGCAAUAAAUCUUUCACAGUACUGUAGUUUUUUUCUAACAUAACAAACCGAACGUUCCUGACACCUUAGGUUUCAUUCAUAGGCUGUUCAGAGCUUUUGGGCUCCUUAGAACACUGCAGCGUGUUAAUCAUUAAAUUGUUAUGCAAUUUACAAUUCUUCUCAUUUAAUUAUUCACCAGCAUUUGGUCAUAUUCAAUAUGGUAGAAGAAAUUCAGAAAACACAUUUAUUGACAGGCUUCAUGUUCACCGAGCCAAGAGAAAUGUACUGGAAAAUGCAACUAGUUCGAAUACAAAUGGUAACUGCACCAAAAAGGUCAGUUAAUCUGUCAUGAUUCCCUAUUAUACACAUACUUACCUUCUCUCUUGGAGAUUCUGGUAUUUAGAAAUCAUCUAACCAACUGGUACUCAUAAGAGCAUAGCCUGUUCCAGGAUUUAAGAUAGUAGAGCGGGGGCGAAAAAUUGAGGACGAAAAAAAAAAACAGGGCGGACUAGAGAGUCCAUUCUUCCCUUAUUUUUUUUCCUCUCGUUUUCAUCGCCGCGUACGAUUUAACUCCCUCCCCACCUACUAAAUCCACGCUCUACUAUCUGAACACCUGGAACAGGAUAUCAAGAGGACCGCUCGGCAGCUCGCAGUCACAUGACCUGCAUAAUGCAAACGAUCAUGCAACGCAACUUGCAUAAUUGCCAGAAUUGGAAUCAGCACCAGAACUGAAUUUGCCAGAAAGCCUCCAAUUUAGAGGUGGCUGACGUAAAAAAAACUAACAUUUUAUGCAUGGUGUGCGUGGCAGUGACGUUUUCCCAUUGACACAUAUUGGCCGUUUUUAUUGUGUUGGUUAACGUCGUCUAGACGUAUUUCACGUCUGAGACGUCAAAGUCGACCGUGGGUAUCAAACGUUUGGCUAUUUCUUGAACGGAGCAUUCUGAGCCUGAUGAAUGCCAAAAUACUUUUUAAAAUGGGGUCCAAAUUCCUUUUUGUUCAUACUCACCAAGUCUUGUUUCUCACAAUUUUCUUUUCAGAUCAACCAUAGAUAUUAUGUUUCACAAACGUUUAUCAGUGGCCAAAAAUUUUGGAGAAAUAUUGAGGGAAAUCCCAAUAAAAUUGUUCAUGCUGAUCUUUCUAAGGGCCGCUUUAAAAAAAAGGUAAGAAAAAUAAGAUUUAACCCUUCAAGUUCCAAGACUGCCAAUAUCAAUUUUCCCCUGACAAUAGCAAAACAUUAUUAAGAGAAAAAGUUAUGAGAAGUAAUAAAAUGAUCAUGAUUACCAGAGGGAAAAUGCUUUGAUCUUUUAUCAAAUUCUCUCUACUACUAAUUCUUUGAGGGAAUAAUAUGGAGAUCAGUCCUGAGAACUUUCAUCCUAAUAAUAAUCAGACAGUCAGACCGAAGGCCUCCUGGAUUAAACUGUUUGCAUAAUGUGAGACAAGCCGAAGCCUCCCUCCAACUCCUUUCGGCAAACUUAUAAACUCAACAGCUGCCGAAUAGGUUGUAAUGGCAGGACCAGGACUUUCAAAAUCAUCGUCUUUGCCAGCAGGAGAUGGUAUUUAUAUAAUGACUACUGGACGUUGAUUCUCUUAACUUCCGAAGGUCAGGACUAAGUGGUCACGGCUGGCUGUGAUUAUAACCUGCUUCAUAUAUAUUCAUAACUGUCAACUCAUUCAUUUUUUUUAUCCGCUCCGGUGAAUUCAGUUGCAACAGCUUGUUACACACCAUCCAACAUUUUCAACUUUUCCUACGUGAAUACGCCGGCUAUUCACCAUUUUCACAUAGACCAUAAUGCACCUUGUUUACCCCCAAAUUUUGGGUAUUACAGUCUCAAGGGAAAUCGAAGACAAUGGUUAUGGAAAAUUUGUGGGGUACACAAGGUGCAAUAUGGUCUAUGUGAAAACGGUAGGUGAGGGGUAUCUUUCGGAAAACUGUUCAACAAAAAAGAAUUGUCCUUGUGAGACUGACUCUCUGAUAAGUUGUUUGUUACCCAUUACUUGAAAAAUUUAUUCCCAGACAAGUAUUGGGUUACAAACGUAACAAUUUCAAGAAUUUCUAGAGAAAGAAAAGACCUGUAAUGUUACAGUUAUCUGCAAUUUCUCCACCCAACAAACCUUUUAUAGUAUCAACAUGAAUUUUCUCCUAACGAUAUCAAACAUCAUCUUAAAAAUUAAAUUAAACAAAAUACUUUUUAAAAGGAAAUGUAUAUUAUGGAGAUCAGUCUUGAGAAUUAUUAUCAGUCAAGACAUCCCAUGAAAGGGAUUCUGGAUUCCACAACGUGGAUUCUGGAUGCCGGGUACUGGAUUUCAGUUUUUGUCUGUGGAACUUGGGAUUCUGAAUUUCAAUCGUUAGUGAGAUUCCCAAUUCCUUGAGCUGUAUUCUGGAUUCCAAAGCCCAGGAUUCCGGAAUCCACAAACAAAAAUUUCCCCGAUUUAGGAAUCCGGAUUCCCUCAUUUGUUUUGGUGACCAUAGUGGCUGGUGAGUUUUCAUUUUCCCUAGCCAUUUAUGUUCUUGUAUGGUCUUAUUCCUUAUGAGGUUGAACGUAAUUUUUUUCUUUUCAGACACUAAAGCUGAAUUUUAAAUUUCCAUACUAUGGCCAUUAUCUUGAGAGUGUGCUAUUAACAACAGGAGGUAACUACAAGUGAUUUAUUUAACAAAUCAAUAAUUGAAUUACUUUGUACCUAAUUAUUUCUUCGUAAUUUGCACUUGAGUAAUGUAGUUACUAAGUAUCUGAAUGUUUCUCCUUGAAGGUUUCCUGUACAUGGAUGUGUAUAACACCUCUCUUAUCACAGAUGUUCAAUACGUAGCUCCCCUCACGGCUUACUUCAGUCUUGAUCAUCAUCCAGAUUCACAAGUCACCUCACUUGAUGAUGGUAUGAAAUAUUUAUGUUUAUAUUUAUAUUUAUAUUUAUAUUUAUAAUUAUAUUUAUGUUUAUAUUUAUAUUUAUAUUUAUACAAGAGCAUGCCGAAUGCGAUAGAAAUGUAAGGAUAGAAAAUCGUGAAACAAAUAUUAGAGUUUCACCCACUCAUCAAUCAUCAGCGACUGUGACUUUGGGAGUGUUAGAUUCAAAAUUUAUAGAGGGUGGCUGCAGCGGUCUUGUUUUUGAUUGGCUGCAUUAAAUUUUCUUUUGUGCCUGUAUUUUGACAGCGGUUGAGAAACAUAAUUUAUCGCUUACCUAAACAAAAACUUGCAUUAGGAGGAUGACCUUAAACCACCCUCGAAUUAUAAAUUUAACACAACCAACGGCACAGAAUGCGUGAUACUCUAGAUCGUGCAUUUUGCGAUUUACUGUCUAUAAAUUCAAAGUAAAAUUGUUGUGAUACCGUAAAAUUCCGAAAAUAAGCCCCUCCAUGUAUAAGCCCCUCCAAAUAUAAGCCCCCAAAACCGGUAACGCAAAAAAACCCGCCGUUAAAUCGCCCCUCCAAAUAUAAGCCCCCCCGGGGGCUUGUACUUGGAAAAUUGCCCUCAAAUACAAAGUAAAACAAAGCAAAAACGGUAAAUUUAGUUCCAACUGUAAGACUAGAUUUUGAAACGCAAAUGUCCCUCCGUAGAUAAGCCCCUCCGAAUAUAAGCCCCUCCAAAAAUAACCCCUCCAAAAGGGCCUUUGAAAAAUAUAAGUACCGGGGCUUAUUUUCGGAAUUUUACGGUAUUCAACUAAACAUCAGUCACUGUUGCAUACAUGUUCAUGUAGGGUUGAUACGGUACUAUAUUACUAGCUCUUAGGCUAUGUUCACAUUAUAACAGAUAGCUCUUCCGCCGGCACGAAAACUGUUCCGAAAACCAUCCUGUUCACACAUUAGAAUGACGAUUUCGGCGCGCUUUCUGCAACGGAGCGAAGCUGCGUCUCGCCGAUCCUCGAAACAGGAUCAUCACAUGUCGGAUACGUUCUUUGCCACACUUUGGUGCAAUGUGAAAAGUCAUUUGGGCCGUAGCGGAAGUGAAUUAGUAAGAGCAAGGACUGUAAUCCACUGAGACGGAAGUAAAUAUUCAGAAGUAAGGACCGUUAUUUAGUUCUAUUAUCUCCAACUUAUACCCUCUCGGCUAACCACUCGGGCACGAUGUUCGAGACUUUUUCCAAUUCUGUGCUGUUGCUGUUCAUAUUUUAACGGAUAACUUUUCGAAUCAGCAUGAAAAGCUUUCAGUUGCAGUGAGAACAUUGCCUAAGUUGAAGGCGUUAGUUUUUCUUAUUAUCCGUUGUUUCAGGUUCACAGCUGACAGUGCAGUGGUCAAGAGUUUAUCUUCUUGAUAGAACUCAGGGUAAUGUUAAACAGAAAAUAUUGCGUAUUUAUUAUUUAUAUCCAGAAUGUUGAAGUGGGAUAUACGAAGAAACACACGUUUUUACAUAAGUUUUACCGACAUAAGUUUUACCGAGAACGGUGGCUGCUCUCGCAGUCUCAUUCUGUAUCCUCCAAGGAUAUCCACCACAAUUUUUUUUUAUUAACUUUAACACCCGCGUGUCUCUUUCUAGUUUCUGUUCCAACGGUUGUGUUCUGCAUGGUUUCGCGGUCUUCCGCAUCUGUCCUAUACCCCUAACUCGGUCACUGCACCUCGAUUACGUUGAUCUCUUUCAUUUUGUCAGGCUUAUCUGUAACUACGACAUCUGUGCGUUUUCCUUCACUUUAACGGCUUGGAAACUAAAAUUUCGAGGACGUUUUUAGACUUUUUACAUUUAAGGCAUGAAUUUUUCGUCAUUUCAGGCCAUGGAACCUAAAAAUGAGCCUAGCUAGCUGUAAAAAGGGGCAAUACGGAGGCAAUACGUCCUAGCCGGCAUGAUCACAUGCUGUUUACGGAAAAUUCCCUCAUCCAUGUCAGGAAAUUCUGUACUUUAAAGCCUCCCCUAGGGCAUGACUCAGCAAUUGAGGACAUUUCUGUUACGUUUUCAAUGUUGGUUAGCAUGCAAGGAUUUUUCCCAUGCCUAUCGUCAAUGAUUUGCUCACUGGUAAUAGAGGGGGUGGCCCCAGAGUGGUUUUGCAUUGAAAUUGGCAUGCAACAGAAUUUCGCAUGCCCUGUAAGCAUAAUUUGAGGUUCUGUGACCUUCUCACCCAGGCCGCGAGAAGCCUAGGUUCUAGUAAUAAGUAAUUCAUACCCAGCAAAAUCCCCGGCAUGCCGGGCAUGCCAAAUUUUCUGACAUGCCCGGCAUGCUAAAUUCUCUGGAAUGCCGGGCGUGCCAUAAUCUGGGUCAUGCCGGGCAUGCCAAAAUCGGUCUCUGGCAUGUUUCAACGCACAGGUUAUAAUUCCUUGAAUCUACAGAUAUUUUAAGCCUGGCUAAAAAAAAAAAAAAAAAAACAGAUCACAGUGCUUAUCUUUUGAUGUACGGUUACACGAUGACGUCAUUGCUAUUCCUUUCAUUUUCAUAGAUUUGGUUGUCCCAGCGAAGUUUAAAUAACAAAAGCUCUAAUUUUCACAAGAAAGUAAAACCCUGAGGGAUUCUGCCGAAGUAAUAAAACAGCGUCAUCGUGGAGAUGACCUGUUGGGGGAUUGUAAAAACUCCUCACCCCUUUUAAUGAGUCUUUAAUAGGAUUCCCAUUUCACAUUGCGAAUAAAAUGGAAUUGACUGAAAUCAGUAAAAAGAGAGACAGAGACUAUUUUCAUUGUAUAAUAAAAUGCAUCUAUGUUCCAUGAAAGCUUUUAAAAAUACAAGGUUAUAGAAUAUCUUUCAAAGUUCAUUACAAACUGAGCUAAGCCCCAAAAUCACUGUUCAUUAUUCAGUAAAUUAUGAUGUUUGACAAUGCAAUGUGCUUGAAUAUAACGUUGCAAUUACAAAUCUCUCGAACGCAAUUUUCCCUACGUUAGAAAAGCUCUUUUUAUCUUGUUUCACAUUUUGAUAAGGAGUCUGAGUUCCUCUUUCUUGUUUUGUAGGCUUGCCAGGGAUUAAUGUUUUUUUGUCAUUACCAGUGUCUGUGUUCUUCGUUUUUAACUCAAAGUAAGUCAGUAAUAACUGACGGUAUCAAAGGAUUGCUCUCUAGAAAAGUAAUUAUCUCCUCGUCAUGUCUGGAAGUUACCUGUAACAAAAAAGAAAUGGAAUCUUAACACAUGCAAGGGCAAUAUGAAAAAAAGAAAUAGAACAUGUAGAGCUCAGCUUCUCUUAACAUAUUUUCAUACUGGCUUGUUGAGUCUGUUAAAGGUCGCAACUAAUUGUCUGAGGCUAAUUUCACAAGAGUGUGCAAUUGAGAUAAAUACAUGGUAAAUAAAGUGAAAGAAACGUGGUUUCACAUUAGCCAAUUUACAUUGCGCUGUUCGAUGAUGUUUACACGCUUUUCUACUGCGAAAUAAACCUUUGCAUUUGGAUUUGCAAGUCAAGAUUAUACCGAGUUUGACUGACACUUAAUUGAACAACAGUUUCAUUUUUAAGCAGGCAAUUGGGGUGUAGACCCAUAUAAAGCCGGAAUAUGUAAAGGAAACUCAGCGAAAACUUUUUCGCAUCUUUUUGUGGCGAUAUUCUUUCACGGCCCGUCAACUGAUUAGGGGUUGCGAAGAAAAAAUAAAUUAGGACCAAAGGUUAAAGCCUGUCCGGUUACAUCAUUUCGUAUGUUACCUAGAGUUCUAAUAAAUAGGUCAUAAAAUAGGAUUUAACGAGAGCGAAUUUGUUUCUCAAUCGGUGUAUAAAAAAGUGAGGCUAUCAAAUGAGAAGUUUAUAGAGUAUCAAAAUUAUUAAAUUAAAAGCUCAUUUAAUUAGGAAAAUUCCUAUACGAAAACAAUGCUAGUGACAUUAAAUUGAUCAGAUAAAAUUCUCAGAAAAUAUGUCCAAUAAAAGCCUCAUUAUUUGCUUUUGUUUUUGCGUAAAGGUAAAUUUUUCGGCCCACAAAGCAAAGUUGAAAAAGCGACUAAAUCUUAGUUUUUUACAUUGAACAUGUUUAUUAGCUUAGUUUUCGUCCGUUUUAAAAGCUUUAUAACCCAAUCAUAAUUUUCGGGUUAAAAUAUUACAAAAUCAUUUCAAAAACCAUGUUCAUUUAAAGUAGAGCCGGCAAACCUGAACAUUUUGUAAUUCAAAAGUCGGACCCAGCCAGGUUGUUUAAGCUUAGAAUUAUUUGCAUUUUAGCGUCCUAUAAAUUUACCAGAAUCGCCUCUCAGAGGCUUACUGUAGCAAAGCAUUUUGUAGUACACUCGUAGACAAGCAAUGUAAGCCUUAAGUCUUUGCUUGGAUGAGAUGUCCAAAAGAAAAAUUAGUUUUGUGGACCUAAACGCACAUUCACAGACUGCUUAUAUUGAGUUGUUUACAACUUUGCAUUGACACGCGCAGCAUGUUCAUUUUUUUAAAGCGAAAUCCAAAUCUGAUUUUGGCAUUUGAUUUACGGAUAUUUUAUUUUGUCUCCAAAAGUGAUUGUAAUAUCCGUUUGAUUGUCUUUCAAACAACAGUCAAACUAUGCAGCAAAAAUAAGUAACUUUACCAGUACAGUGGAAAAAUAUGACCGUAGGUGCCAAAAAUAAUUAUACUCGAGCUAUAAAAUUAGAACUGACUUUUUUUAGCUUUGGUUUCUUAUUUUUGAAGUUUUCUCUAGUCUUCUUAGCAGCAGAAGAAGAUUACAAGACAUACAAACAGAAACAAUCCGAAGUGAACAAGUUGACAACCACUUAUGCCGGAGUUCUUAGGCAUGCUCAACAGCAAGAUAAACUGAAUGCCAAAAGGAUAAUUCACGGGAUUUGUUCGAUAUUCAGGCUUUUUCUUUACCAAAUUAAUACUAAAUUUGUACUUACAGUCUCUCGCAGAAUCCAUUUCUUGUCCAGCAUUCACCAACAUCUCAACCAUGCACCGCAGAAAAAAAAGACAAACAAGUGCGAAGAGACAUGACGACAUCGUGACGCCACAACUGCCACGCUACAACAAACUAGAUUCCUCGUCAUCCGCGAAAACACUUCUGCGGAAAUUCGGCCGAUUUCGUGCGUGCUCGGGGUAUCUUCGGAUGACGCAGAUGACGUUGCUCAAAGGACUAUCGUCAGCAAGGAGUAAAACAGUUUGCGAGAUUCGCAUAGCCGACAAGGAGCGCACUGAAAAACUAAGCAAAAUCUCUCUGAGAAGGCAGUCCAAAUUCACCAAAUCAGAACGUCUUUGCAGUAUUAACGUCGUACUCUCGUACUGACUUGAACGACCUGGUAAGCUUCAUUUUCACCAGUCUUUUAAUGCUGUUGACCGGGAAACAUUCCGACACGAUAAAACUUAAGCAUGGAUAAGUUUAUACUGAGAAGAUUUGUUAUCUUAUUGUUUAAGACGCUUUUCCGCGAUCAAAUUUAAAUGUGGACCCAGAAAUGUCAGUAUCGGUUUGAAAUAAAAGGAUUAAUCUUUGAUUGCAAGUUAAGUAUUCUAUUUUAUGUAUGAAUAAUGUUGUUUUGUUGUGCUUUUUAUUUAUAAAUCCAGGCUUCUGUCUUCAGUUUUGCCAGUCGAUCCCGUGACACACAUUGUGACAAACAUGACUUUUUUUGUUAUAAUCUGCAUUUAUUGCCAGGCAUGAAACCUGUAACUUCAAGCUCCCUAAGAUAUAUUUGGCGAUUAUAUGUGAUUCUCAGGAUAUGAUGCUGAAGCGAACAUCAAAAUCAGUCUCGCUGGGCAUGCCAAUUUCUUGCCUGGCAUGCCGGGCAUGCCAAACCAACUGGCUUCACCAUCGGCAUGCCCGGCAUGCCAAACCAGAGGAGCUAAAACUGGGAAUGAAUUAUUAACCCGGCGAGAGAUCUGGGACCUAAGUUUAGCUGGGUCAAUUUUGGGCUGCGAGGGCAUGAACCAAUUUUUUCCAUGCCUAUGAGAUGUUAUUUCUAAGUACCAAUGUUCCCUUGAAUUUUGUCAUGCUUAAAUAUAUAAAAUGUUCCCUCUCUCAUUAAUCCUCAGACUGGAUGCGAUUUUUACGCUCGCUAGGCAUGUUCAACUGAAAAUCAUGCCCAUACCCUUAUUCAAAACAAAAUGCUAUCAAAUUUUAGUUUCCAAGCCGUUCUUUCAAGGCAAGCUUCAAUACGCCGAUUCAGGAAAAAACCGGAAGUUGCAGGGAAGCGAGUUCUAAGGGCCCUUCGGCCUUCGUGGCGCAAUGGCGGCAAAAACAAAUUUGUUGUCGAAAAAGUUUCAAGAUGAAGCAAGUAAAUAUUGAAGAUGUCAAAUUUACGAUAAACUAGGUAAAAUUCUAGGAAAAAUGUAGAAGAAUAAACUAAAGGCGGUAACAAGAAAGUCCUUUACGAAAGUUAAGCUUAAGUUGGAAUAAUUUUAUAACUUUAUAAACCGACUGAAAGAUUCGAUAUCUUCAUUUGUUUUCUGGCCCAUAGAGACGUCAAGAACAUGCCUGAAAACAGAGAUAACGUUUAUGAUCCUGACCCGGGCAAAUGCUUCACCAGGGCGAAAUUAGCCCAAAUCCAGGAAAAUUAAAAAAGUUAGUUGGAUACCGUGCCACAAGAUAAGCUUCACACCGUGUCAACUCAGAGUUGUUCCACUGACCGAUACCCUAGGUCACCCUUAAGGAAUGCGGCAAAAUUAGUUUAAAAAAAUCUCUCUCUACGUAUGCCACUGCGGAAAUGUUGUACAUGCAUUAUCUUGAUCAUGAAGAAUCUAAACCUGUUGAUAACGACGUUUUUUACGUUACGGCUUUGUGUUGGGCCUCCUACAGAAAACUAUUGUGUAAAAUAUAAAGUAAGUAUGAUUUUUAAUCCAGUCGGAAAACCCAAACUUACACCGGCCGCGUGUGAUUUAUUAUGUCCUGCUGGUAGGAGCGGCUGCAGUUGCCAUGUCAUGGCAGUUAUAUGGAUGAAAUGUCACGGAACAAUGAAAUGAAAAAUCAAUGCGAGAAUGACGUUCCUUGCUCUUCUUCGCCACGAAAAUGGGGAAUUCCAGGCGCGUUGUCUACUUUUUAUGAUCCUCGUCCUUUAAAAUUGAGAAAGUUAGACCCCUAGGCUGUUGAAAAACUCAAAGUGAACAUUGUCAGAGUUAACAAAGGUGUCCCCUUUCAAAAGUAGAAUCCCAAUGCUUCUGAUAUAGUACUUGUGAAUUCCCUAAUUGAAAUUGCUGCUAAAGGAACUGCUCUAUAAAUGCAAAUGAAAGAUUUUCAGUACUCAAAUCUGUUUCCAGGGGCACCCAACGACAAUUUUAGGGAAAAAUAUCUGUUCGGAAGACGAUUUGAGAUCUAGAAUUUUCGGAACAUUUGUUGUAAAAUUUCUUGCUUCCAUGCCUCUCCUAGAAUUUUCGAACAAAUAAAAAAUUGUAUACUUGCCCAUUUUUAACUAAUUUUUACCCUAAAAAGUUCACCUAGAAUUUUCGGGAGCCUAUUUUCUGGCUAAAAUUUUCGAAAAAGGUAAGUUUUGAUCCCUAUAAUUUUUUUUUUUAGGGGAUAAAAAUAUGCCUAUGUCUACCGUUUAACUACUAAAAUACAUUUAAUAAUGCUAUGUUUAAGUGGUUUUGAACUAUAUUCUCGUUGGGUGCCCCUGUGUUUCUUCUACAUACAAUUAUAGUACAUAUACUUCUGUUCUCCAACAAAAUCCAUGUGUAACAAAUACAACAGUGUCUCAAGUCAAUUUAACAAACACAGCAGAUAAUGCGGAGAAUAGUUGAUGCGGCCACAAAUCAAUUACAAGAUCUAAAAAAAUAUAUAAUCUUGUCUUAAUGAGCCAAUUGAACACAGUCAACAAUACAGAUACUGUAAUUGACCUGAACUUGAACCCACUUCAUUUGAUAGAUCAGGCCUUCAGCAUGGAUCAAAUACGUGACAAAUAUUCAGCGAUCAAAAAAAGAACUAAUCAGUGAAGAAAAGGAAAUUUAAAAAAUGAAGCUGAGACCAGAUGUCAGUCUAACACCCAAAAGUGGUUCGAUCAUAGAUUAAUAACAGCAUCCAAAUGUCACAGUGGCCUGUCCACAUUAAGCUAAUACUUCUCCUUACAAAAAUUAUUAAAGAUGUUUCAAGUUACAGUAAGGGUGUGCCAAAAAAAUCCAUAAAAGGUGGAAUUGGAAAUGAGGAACUUGCCAUUGUCUCAGUACGAAGAAAAAAUAAACAAAAAUGACCAUGAAGGACUGAAAGUCCAGUCUUGCAUAUUUUUGGUUUCUAAAAGCCAUGGGUUUUUGGGGGUGUCAGCCGAUGGACUUGUAACUGAUUAAAGCUGUGAGAACCCCCUAGGGUUAGUUGAAGUGAAGAACAUAAAAUGUAAAGAUGGCUUUAGUCAGAAAAGGGAUUGGUAACAAAGAUGGCAUCAGUAACAAGAGCCACCUUUAUUACUUCCAAAUUCAACAACAAGCAUUUGUUGCAGAGACAAAUUUGUGUGAUUUUGUAGUACGAGGGAGCAUCAAGAAAUUGUCUCACUAACAGGUACCUUUUAUUAUGGCAUCAUGGAAGGACGAAUUAGGACACCUUCAGAACUUUUUUGACCAACACCUUUUACCAGAAUUAGCAUACCCCGGCCAGGCUUAAGUCUGGCCUGCGGUAUGACUUCAAGUUUAAUUAGUUUUUGCAAAUCAAGUAAGUCAGUUUGGGUUAUUGUUAGCACAGGUCUCCUAUUCACUCUGAUCCUACAUGUGAAGAAUCUUUCAUGUCUCAACCUGUAACUGAAUAAAAUAUUUGCACACCAAAAAUUAAGUGUGUGAUAUUAUACCUUAUUCAUUCCGUUCCCCCAAAAAGUAAAAAUUCGAAAAAUAUUUUUUCCAGGUGUAUUUAUGAAUGGAAAACAUUGUCAGUAUUCACUUGAGUGGCAUCUCUCACACUUUCAUAACACAAGUUAGAUGGGAAACGCUUGGUUCUACAAUACUUCAAAAACGCUACAAUAAAAGUCAAGUUUCAUAAUCUGGAAACCUAGUGUAGACUAAGUGAAUAUCACCUGGGUUGUACGAGAAGCGUUCCAGACCAAACGUAAAAACUCUCUCCUUCUUUCUGAGUUUAGAAAGUUGCUUUUAAAGGAUGUCCACUUCACCUAAACGUUUUGCUUCGGCAAAUUGUUCGAUCGUUGCUAUAAAUUAACAGCUUGUGCUUUAUCGCUCAAUGACGAUUCUUCUGACCUUUUUACUUCCUCACGGGAUACUUUUCCUUGUGUCCCCGUUUUUCUUUAACGCUUGAUUUGGCUGAGACCAAACAGAAACAGUAACGGAUGCCUUCUGCUUUUAAGUCGACCUUUCUAUGUCCGGUGACACUUAUUCUAGAAUCGUUUGGUACAAAAUGCUCUGAACAACGACACCCCUCUUCCCAUUGUCUACUUGAUUCAGGAUGUGAUGAAAAUUUUUUGGUAUAUAGGUGAGGUCCAGCCGAUUUUCACUUCGAUUAUUUCAUAUGGCUGUAGCACUUGUCUUAUUUUGCUUGCAAGAAUGUUGUUGCUACGUCGCCAUUUUGAGUAUGAGGGCCCUUAGGCCUCGCUUGCAUGUAACUUCCGGUUUUUUCCUGAAUCGGCGUGAACAUUUUUAGAACACGUUAUUUCUACAUCUUUAUUGCCAUAGAAACUGCGAGAGUCCUGCCCCAGCAGAUGUGGCUUCUCUUUCAGUUUAUGGGCAACGAGUAACCCGUUCAAAACCCAUUUUAGUGCAUCACUUUCUUUCUUUCUUUGAUUCCUUGUGAUCUGCACCAAAAUGAGACCUACAGAUUGCAGGUUAAUUCUAAUAUUCAGUCCUAUUUUCUUUUUUUCGCCGAUUAAGAUGGACACUUCACCUUUCAGUGCACUUUGCAUAAGAAUGGUACAAUCUGGUUUGCUUACAAAGAGGUAAGGAUUCUUAAUAUCCAGGCCAGAGCGGUUCCUCAUACCUUAUUACCAGGAACUGAGAAUCUUUUGCGAUGGAAAGACAGUACGAUCAUAUCUUCAUUUACAAAUGAAGAUAUGAUCGUCGUAAUGGUAAUUGCACUUUACGCAAUUGCAAAUUAACCUAAAACAAUUUGCGGACUUCAACGGGAUUCGAACCCAUGGUCUCUGCGUUAGCGCUGCACUGCUCUACUGACUGAGCUAUGAAGACUCAUACAUUGGGUUUGAGUUCAUCUUAAGCCGUAAAUGGAAUGAAGAUGAUAUUAAUUGCGGAAAUACAAAUUUAAAUGAAAAUAUGAUCGUCGCAGUGGCAAUUGCAUAUCAACCCGAAAAAAUUGGAAUUACCAUAGCGACGAUCAUAUAUUCAUUUAAAUUUGUAUUUCCGCAGUUCACAUCAUCUUCAUUCCACGGAAAUAUAGUACAUAGGGAUGCUAGUCACGCCGGUCUAUAAUUAAAUAGCAAAUUAGGGAGAACCGAAAAAUUGGUAGACGUGGCUCACUGAAUGUCAUCACACUUACCAUCACUUGCAUUGCGGAACCCAAUGUCCGUCUACAAUGUAUUUAGAUGUUCAUUCAUUCAUUCAUUCAUUCAUUCAUUCAUUCAUUCAUUCAUUCAUUCAUAUAAAAGCUUGUUGAUAUCAUAACUAACCAUAGUACCAUGUUACAGAUCCCAGUCAAUGUUUCAGACAUUGCGGAUGUAAGAUACUAUCCUGUCAAAGUUGGCAUAUCAGAUGCAUUUGUAAAAUCACUCCGCACGGGCAGGACAAAUAUGAAGUACCGGGUCUUUCAUAUAUAUAGCGAAGUGCACAUUACUAAGGACUGUGUUCUUAAUGGAUCAGCAGUGGAGUUCCGCCCUCAAACAAGUUUGUUCUUUUCUAGAUUAUUAAAAACCCAAUGAAUUAAUAAAUUAUAUAGCACAACAUGUACAAGUAAAAUAUACAUAUCAGUUAUGAUAUGAUGUAUAAAAAUUUUGCUGAUGAAAGUUCAGGGAAUACGGUUGUGGCAAGAGUGUAUUGUUCAGUGAUCGACCUGUUCACUUCUUUUAGACAACAGGGCCAUUUAUACGAGAAAAAUAUUAGACGCGUCUUACAUAAAACCAUAAAACGCGUCUUAAAUAAGACGUAAACUCUACCAUUUAUACGAGGAUGUCUUUACUUAGACGAAAGCAGCUCCUAUAAAUGGUUCGCGUCUUAUUUCUGUCCUGGACUCAAUUUCAUCUGAAUGUUACCCAGGGACGUUUCGACUAGUUGUACUGUAGGCCUGGCUGACUUUCAUUUCCACAUAUCCCGAAGAUUGCACGCAUGACUAGUACGCACUGAACCCACCAACCCUUUGUGAACUCUUAAGUUUUUUAGCUCACCCUAACAACGCAUAAUUUAUCACAAGCGGUAGAGUGAUCAAACCAAAAAUUUGUAGGCCCGGGGACUGGCUAUGCCCGUUACCCGUAGCAACGGCAACCUAACAUUGGAUGUUUUUGUAAGUUGAAUUGCAAGUUUGUUAUACGAAGAUAACAAUUUAGUUAUUCAUUGAAAUGAUUGCUUACGCUCUAUAAAGUAGCUUCUACUUACGCCAGCAUGUGUAACACAUUUGUCGGAGGUCUGCAAUUUUCUUUUCUUUGCACAGCUAAAAAAAGUUCUUUUCUUCGGCACUCAGACCAAACUUAACAUUUCUCUUUCAUUCUGUCAGCGUGCUCAUACUGAAUUCUUGAGCGAGGAAACAAAUUAAAAUUCGAAGAUGGCAGCCCAGAGAGACGUACACGCGUUGUAAUUUGCUAUAAACAAAAUUUUUCUCUGCAAGUCCGCGGUGGGGAGCACUCCAAAAAUUUUCCCGCCAAUAAUCAACGCAUGUGUAGGGUGCGUUUGCGUAUUAAAUAAGACGGGAAGGUCAUUUAUCGACUUAGCUCGUCUUAGCUAACGUACGUCUUAUCUACUAAUAACCGUGAACACCUGUUCUUAGAUAAGACGCGUCUUAGUUAAGACGACAAAAACUUCUUAUAAAUGACAUGUGACUUAACCCUUUUAAUGUAUUUGGUUUUCAGGUUGUGUUAGUGCCAACUCUUGCACAGAGUGUAUAAAGCGGAAACAAACAACAGAAUUUGAAUGCCAGUGGUGUUCUCAAAUACAAAGGUAGACGAAAAUACGCUUUGUUCUUAUUGAAACUCAAACAUUUUCUCCCGUAAGGCUUUCAUUAGUAAGCUGUUUGUUUCUUCAACUUAGUCAUAUCUAAAUAUAUCCCAGAGGGUGGCGAGGUUCAACCUUCAUCACUCGAUCACCUACAGAAUUGCAUUUUCAGUAAAAUUUUUUGAGGAUGGGCGACAUCUCAAAAUUGGACAGUAAGGUGUGAAUAAGAAAAGGAUACAAACAAAUGCAAAAAGAAGAGAAAGUGCAUAAAAAAAUACUGCAGAGCAAAGUAAGGCAGAUGUGCAAUUGUUUUUGUUGUGGUUAUGAUCGUCCCUUGGAAGGCUACCUACGUAAACUUCAUAUCUCUAAUAUUGUACCGGUAGAAUACUCUUCUCUUAAAAUAAGAUAAGACCCAGUUCAAAAGUCGAAUUUGUCACGUAGAAACCCUAAUCCUUUCAGUUAAGACCGAUACUAUUUUGAUUCGAACCAUAAACUAGGCUCGAGUGGCCCUCAAGCAUGGGAGCGACUUCGUUUCAAGCGUACGUCGCACUUCUCAUGUGCCGAACCUAUUGCAUUAAUUACAAUAAUUUUCAUCACUGGCUAGCAUUAUAAACCAUUGAACAUUGUGAAAAUGAAUUGAGUCUCACUAGUUAAUUUCGACGUCUAAACCAACCGUCCAACUUGUUUACUGAUUUCUACCUAUUAAAUAGAUAUUAAGUUUGGUACAUGUUUGAACUGGGCCGGCUAAGACCGCCAAACAGUCUUUCCUUCAGACCUAGCCUACGAUAUCUUUGCUUAUUAAGACUUGAAAAUCAAACUUCAAACUAGAGAUCCCGUGUAGAUUACUUUUGACAUAUUGCCAGACCAUGACCUGUCAAUUAGUGUGACCUCGUUUUGAAGGUGCUCUGAUGGUUCUGACCGUCAUCGUCAAGAAUGGGAUCUACACGGGUGCAGCGCGAAUGGAGUGAAACAUCUCAAUGCGUGUUUAAGUAUUACCAAGAACAGUACUAGUAAGUGUUGUCGAUGGAUGAGCUUAAGAGUGCCACUCUUAAUUAAAGUAUUUCGUUCAUUUUCAGUUACUUUUAGAGACCUUUAGAUUCUAAGAUGAGGACGAGAUUUUCUCCUAAUGCUAAGUAGUGCUUGUGCGUGAAACAGCGUCAUUUUGGAGGGGAAACGUGAUAGCAAUCGUCAUUCUACUACGGGUAUAAGCGAGAAAGCCGUGGUGGAGGAAACCAGUUAUCAAAUCAGUGUUAGAAGUUUUAUCAUUUUGCGAUCGGGAGAGGGCUUAACUUUUUCCAAUCAAGAUAACAGUGCUAUUCUGGGAAAAAAAUAGUAAAAUGAAACAUUCCCGGUUUUCUCUUUCCUUAGAGUGCGCGAAAAAACUUUAAAUCAAAUCUCGCACUCGUACUUGUUUUUGUCCUCGAAUCAAAAGGUGUCUAUUAACUGAUUCCAAUACAUUCAUAACUGAUCAGUGACAGGCUCAAAUAAAGCCAUAACUUUGGGAAAUUUCUGGCCACCAUCAACUGAAGGCAAUAUGGGCAAUGACCCAGUUUCCAAACCUAACAAGUAGUCUUGUAUCUCAGUCAUUUAAUAAUAUAGGUCAACAUUUGGUUCCAGGUUGUGUGUGUAGUUUGUGACUCAAAAGUAAACUUUUUGUAAAUGUAUUUGGGUUUCAGGCUGUGUUAGUGCCAACUCUUGUACAGAGUGUAUAAAGCGGAAACAAACAACAGAAUUUGAAUGCCAGUGGUGUCCUCAAAUACAAAGGUAGGAAUGCACUUUAGAAAUAAGAAUAUAUCGUUUAUACAAAGAUUAAAUCAACUGAAGCUUUCAUCAGGAAGCUGUUAAUUUCUUAUAGAAGUGCAUUUCAAAGUAACGCUAAAAAUGUAUGUUCCAUCGUCGUCUCAAAUUUAGCCAUGUAUGAAUAAGUAAAUAACAUGUGAUCGGGAAACGUAGUGGGAACUGUGAAAAAGUGGGAGCAGGAAAUGUGAAAAUUUUUGUUUUAUUUAAGGGACUUUCCGGGUUAGACAGAUAUUACUAACUUUAUGUUCCCAGGGUUAUACAACAAACUAUUUAGAAUAUAUGAAUACCUCUUUUUUUAAAAGAAAAUAAUUUAAAUUAAACCUCCAAAAGUCCAUAUUUUAUACCAGUCCUAAAUUAACGUUGCCAGUUAAGAAUAGAUAAAAAAAAUAGAAUAGAUUAAAACAUCCAAUGCAACUGACGGUGUAAUUUUUUAAAGGUGCUCUAACGCAACGGACCGUCAUCGUGCAGAAUGGGACCUACACAGUUGCAGUGCAAAUGCUGUCAAACAGGUA